GGGGUGGGUUUGAGGCGCCGAGAUGCGCAUGCGCUUUGUUUUCCUCCGCCUUGCAGGGAGGACGAAGACAGCUCCAGAGAUCCUGUGUCCCUAGCCGGUUGAAAUUUGCAGUGGUCCUACCAUGGGGAACACCACCAGUGAGCGGAUGUCUGGGGAGCGCCACGGUUCGAAGUCUCACCGCUCCGAUGGCGCCAGCAGUGCCCACCACACCAAGGACCACUCGCACAAGAUCAUGGUGGGCAGCACUGAUGAUCCGAACGUCUUCAGUACCCACGACUCCAAGCUUCCUUGUGAGAAAGAAUUCGUGUCCUGGCAGCCUGAUUUCGAUGACCCCACCAAGCCAUCCCAGCAAGCUCGGCCUACCGUCAUCCGCUGGACUGAAGGAGGCAAGGAAGUCUUCAUCUCGGGAUCCUUCAACAAUUGGAACACUAAGAUUCCUCUCAUUAAAAGCCACAAUGACUUUGUUGCCAUUCUGGACCUGCCGGAAGGAGAACACCAGUACAAGUUCUUUGUGGAUGGUCAGUGGGUUCACGACCCCACCGAGCCAGUGGUCACCAGUCAGAUGGGGACUAUCAACAAUUUGAUUCACGUCAAGAAGUCGGACUUUGAGGUGUUUGAUGCUCUGAAAGUGGACUCUCAGGAAAGUUCAGAGUCUUCCUGUCGAGAUCUCUCUGGUUCCCCUCCUGGGAUUUAUAGUCAAGAAAUGUACGUCUAUCGGCCUGAAGAGCGUUUCAAAUCCCCACCCAUUCUCCCUCCCCACCUCCUCCAAGUCAUCCUCAACAAGGAUACUAAUAUUUCGUGUGAUCCAGCCCUUUUGCCUGAGCCAAAUCAUGUCAUGUUGAACCAUCUCUAUGCGCUCUCCAUUAAGGAUGGUGUGAUGGUGCUCAGUGCCACCCACCGCUACAAGAAGAAAUACGUUACCACCCUCCUCUACAAGCCCAUUUAAAUUGCUGCCGGUCCCCGUUAUCUGUUGGACAGAGGAGGGGGAGCUGUUCAGAGACUGCUGUUUGGUGUGCCCGCACUGGAAUACACGGCAAGCGUUAAGAGUGGCCGUCAGAUUCCCGGUAGAGCUGAAAGCUCUGUAAGAUGCCAACCGUGUCUUGUUCACGUGUGAUUUUCGUUCCCCUGGUGACUCGUUCUACCCUAUAACUUGUGCUUCUUAAUUGCACAUCGUUGGUACCGUCAAGGUGUUGGGCACGUUAUCCGAUGGACCCUGAAGGGACCUGGCUUCCUUGUGAGGAACACAAAGGCAAAGCAAAAGAUCUCUCUUCCUCCGUGGCCUGUGCCGGAUGGCCUCUUGCAGUUCUCCCGCCCUGGAGAUCUUUAUGGGAACAGCAGGGUUCAAGGCAGAGAAGGGAAAUGUCUUUUCACCUGAUGUUCGGUCGACACCUGCUUCCUGUUCCUCACCAUCAUGUGAUUGUUAAUUGUUAUUGAUUUUAAAAGUGCCGUUUUACAGAUAAUGAUACCUCUCCCCUCAAGGACCCUACCUGGAAGUGUAGGGGUAUUUUAGUAAAAAAAAAACACACACUAACAUACGAAGGACUGAAGCACGAUGCAGUUGACUAUCGAAACAUAUAUAUGUUGUAUAGAAUCCAUACACUGUAAGCAAAUGGAUGCAAAACACAAGUGUUUAAAGUUCAGUACACAGUGUGUUCAGUGGAUUUCCAGUAAAGUCUGAUCCCUUUUAGCACAAAUAUUCAAGACCACUAUCUGUUGCCUGUACAUUAUAUAACAAACUACGUGUUUGCCUAGGAAGAUGGACUCACUCCUGCAAACUCAGCUCUCCUCGGUUGGCAAUAAGGGCCUGUAUCAGUACCCCUCGUGCUGAAUCACAAAUCUCCUUUAAAACCUCCAUUUAUUUAGCAUAGUUAAAGGGGACAGGAGAAAAAAAACCUUUUAUAAUUCUUGCAUCUAAAUGUUCUUAUCAGUAUGUUAAAGAUAUAUGGGCAUAACAAAAGUAAAGACCAUAUGGAAAGAAACAGAAUUCUUAGGGUUCAGUAAAAUAACUGAUUUGAAUGUUUUUAAAAAGUCCCAUACUAAUGAGGAGGCCCCAGUGAGGCUUCAGGAACUCAUUUCCUAGCUCCCAUUUAUCCUGAUCCCAAAUUCCAAACGAAACAGGGGGCGAGUCCUCCUUAUAAAGAAAAAAGCCACUCAUAUAUCAUUUAAAGAUGGUACUCGGAGGGAUACAGAUCA